AUGUCGGAAGACGUAAAUUACUGUGGACCAUGUCUUCGAGUAGCAGAAAAUAAUAUUGCUGUCAUUUAUUGUUUGGAGUGCUCUCAGAGUCUAUGUGAAAAUUGUAAGAAAUUCCACCAAAGACUUGAAAGCCUCUCUGGGCAUAAACUGUAUAACUUAGGCGAUGAUAAAAACGAUACUGACAAGCUUGACUUUUUAAAGUCUCUCACAAAAUGUCCUGAGCAUCAGUCAGAGGAAGUCCGAUAUAUAUGCAAGGACCACGACCAGCUUUGUUGCAACGAAUGUGCCAUUGUUAAACACAGGAAGUGUGAUCAUAUCGUUUCAUUGAGUGAUGAAAUAUCCACACAGGGGACAACAGGCCCGGAAACAAAGAAACGACUCGACAAAAUUGAACAGAAUGCAGGAAAGUUGAUCAAGCUUGAAAAGGAGCAGGAUUCGAAUGUCCAAGCUUCUAUAGCCCAGGUAGAAGAAAAAUUAGUGAAAAUGAAGAAUGUCAUAGACGAGGCUUUCCUGAAAAUGAAGCAGGCGAUAAAAUGUGAAGUUACAGAGAAAACUGGUAAUAUCCGAAAACAAAAUAAGAUGCAGAUCGAAAGAAUUGAAACCUUAACGAGUGAAAUUGAUAAAUCCCGCAGGAAGUUAGAUAUUGUGCGCGAAAACGGGGAAAAUGUUCAUUUAUUUCUUGUUGGAAGAAAGUUGAUGACUGAACUGACUAAACAUGAGGAAAUGUUGCAAAAGCUUCAAAAAGAAUCAAGCGUUAAGAAUUUCAAUUUGGUAGAGAAUAUUAAAGAGCAAGACUUAGUGAACUCCAUUACAUCUUGUUUUCAUAUCGAAGAGAAAGCCUAUUCUGAACUAAAAGACUUGGAACCAGCCUUAGUAUACGAAGUAAAAACGUUGUUAUCAACAGGAAAUUCACAUUCAUGCAUCUGGAUUGACAAUUACCUUGUGGUCGCUAAGCAAAACUCGAAUCAAAUUCACUUGUUUGAUGUCGUUGACAAAGCGAUUAAAUACAAUAAAACGAAGACAAGUUCGUCAAAUCACUGGUCUGCAGCUAAAAUAGACAACUCGAAGUUUGUCCUUUGCUUUCCUCAAACUAAAACUAUUGAGAUAAUGAAGAUAAUCGAAGGAGUUUUCAAAACAGAGAAAAGCAUAGAAACAUGCAAUGAUAUAUGGGAUGUAACUUUUGACAAAUUAAGUUCAGAAAUGAUCUGCCUUUCGAGAUCUGGGGCGAUUGAUUGCUACAAAUUAGAUGGAACAAAGUCAAGAUCCUUGUCGUUAACGCCUGUUGUGAUGGGCGCUGUGAAAAAUGCAUACAGCAUUUGUGUUGAUAGUGACAGACAGGUGCUUUACAUAUCUAGCCACACGCUGAACAAGUUGCUUGCUGUCAAGUUAGAUGGUGCAACUGUUUUUGAGUACAAUUCCCCUAAAUUGACAGCUCCAUGGUAUCUUGACUUGGACAGAGACGGCAUCAUUUAUCUACCAUUUUGGUACUUAGAUGGAGGCAAGGGAGCUGUCCACCAGAUAGAUGAUACUGGAAAGCUCAUUCGGGAAAUCAAACUUCCUGGACAUGGAGCGUCCGUAUGUUUUGAUAGAACAGGAACAAAAUUUGUGAUAAGUUGUUCUGCAAGUGAAUAUCUUGUUCUGAUGUAUGAUUUCAAAUAA